AUGUCUUCUAUAGUAACAUCAUCCGACACGAGUCAUGGCGAUCCCAAACUUAGCAAGAAGCAAGAUGGAGCAGCAGCUUCGGCAAUCAAGUCACCCGAUGCAGCAGCCCAUAUGGUCUCGGGGGCAGUGGCGGGGCUCGUUUCAGCAAUCACGCUACAGCCGUUUGAUUUGCUAAAGACUCGAUUGCAGCAACAGCAACACAACAACAAACACGAAGUGCGGACAUCGCUUGCGAAGGAAUUGAAGAAAUUGAGAAAAGUCAAGGAUUUGUGGCGUGGCACCUUACCCCUGACAUUGCGCACGUCCAUUGGCGCAGGGUUAUAUUUCACGAUUUUGUCCAAGAUGCGGUCUUCGUGGGCAGCGUAUAGGCUGAAAAGCCACAAGGAGGGCCAGCGCAAAUUGAAUUUCAAGUCCAACUCGUCGGCGUUGCCCAAGUUGACCCCCAUGGAGAACUUGACCACGGGGUUUGUGGCGAGGGCCAUUGUGGGAUACAUCACCAUGCCCAUCACCAUCAUCAAAACGAGGUUUGAGAGCAACUUGUACAACUACAACUCGAUGUAUGAAGGCAUCUCGGGGGUGUAUUUGGAUGACACUCGCAAGGGGGGCCCCCUUGCGUCCAAGGAAGGAGCAGCGGCUGGUGUCACGGGCACGGGAACCAGCUCCGUGAUCCUGCCGCGCCAUGGAUCGCUCAAGAACUUUUUUCGUGGUUCCGCUGCUACAUUGGCGAGAGAUUGUCCCUAUGCGGGCUUGUACGUUUUGACAUACGAGUCAUUUAAAAAUGAUAUACUUCCACGGUUGAUACCACGAAAUCUAGGUAGUGAACACCACUCGAGCAUAAUCAACUCGACUGCCGCUGUGUUGGCUGCUACUACAUGCACCACGAUAACUGCUCCGUUUGACGCCAUCAAGACUCGAUUGCAAUUGACUAAUAGCCAUUCGAUGUGGAAAACGUUUCUUGACUUGAUCCACGAGAAAGGCGGUCUGAAGAACUUGUUUCGUGGUUUGAGUUUGAGGUUGGGCAGGAAGGGUGUCAGCUCGGGGAUCAGCUGGUGUAUAUACGAAGAGUUGAUCAAAAGUAGAUGGGUUAGAGAAUGGUUUGCAUAA